AAAAACACAUUCCAGUUAUAAUCACAAGAAAAUAAGAACACAACAAACAGUACACAUGACAAAGAUCAGUUUCUACGUAGCUAUGACUGCUGCGACAAUCUACAUCAUGUUGUCAUAUGGGCUACUUGUCACGGCGGCUCGUGAGAAUCUCCCACCAACACUGCCACCGUCAACGGAUAUGAAUGAGUCAAGGGAAAAAGUCGGGCCACUAUGCCUGUCGGACGGUGAUUGCAAACACUUUUGUCGUCCGAAAAAAGGUGUUUGCAACAUAGAUUUCGAAACCUGUGUGUGUUCCUAAUGAUCUAUCAAACCUGAAUAAACUAAAAGUAUUUUAAUAAAAAAAUAAAAA